AUGGACGUAUCGUUAAAACCAGAGCCAGAAGAUCUUCAUGAGAAGAUGCGUACUACCCGCAAAGUGUCGGUAUGGCCCGUGGGACUGGUGGGAGGACGACGGUAUGAGCGCCCAGUCGUGGAAAACGGCAAAGUUGUUGGCUGGUACACUGGCUGGAGAGCUGACAGACCCUUUGCUAUUGACAUGGCAGGCUUUGCUGUGAGUCUUCAAGUGAUUCUGUCGCAUCCGAAAGCCGUAUUCAAGCGUCGUGGUUCCCAACCGGGAAUGCAAGAAUCUGAUUUUCUGAAACAGAUAACAACAGUGGAGGAGCUGGAGCCAAAAGCAAACAACUGCACAAAGGUUCUUGUAUGGCACACACGAACAGAAAAAGUAAAUCUAGCUAAUGAGCCAAAAUACCACCUGGACACGGUCAAUAUUGAGGUAUGA